GCGCGGUGCGCAGGCGCGCUGGGUGGCUGAGCAGUGAGUUCUGCACCGCGAAUCCAAGAGGCAGGUAGCUGCUGCGCUGGGCAGGCGGCGGAGAGUCCACGUGCUCUCCGCGGCCGGUUGAAACCGUUGGCGGGCGCUGGCUGAGAGGCAAUGUUCGCUGUCUUCCAUUAGAGGGACUGAAUUUCCACAUGAAGGCUUUUUGACAAGACUUAAAACCUGUCUUGGAUAGAGAAUAUUUAGCCAUUUACCUCAAAAUGGUAUUUUUUACAUGCAAUGCAUGUGGUGAAUCAGUGAAGAAAAUACAGGUGGAAAAGCAUGUGUCUGUUUGCAGAAACUGUGAAUGCCUUUCUUGCAUUGACUGCGGUAAAGAUUUCUGGGGUGAUGACUAUAAAAACCAUGUGAAAUGCAUAAGUGAAGAUCAGAAGUAUGGUGGCAAAGGCUAUGAAGGUAAAGCCCACAAAGGCGACAUUAAACAGCAGGCGUGGAUUCAGAAAAUUAGUGAAUUAAUAAAGAGACCCAACGUCAGCCCCAAAGUGAGAGAACUUUUAGAGCAAAUUAGUGCUUUUGACAACGUUCCCAGGAAAAAGGCGAAAUUUCAGAAUUGGAUGAAGAACAGUUUAAAAGUUCAUAAUGAAUUCAUUCUGGACCAGGUGUGGAAUAUCUUUUCUGAAGCUUCCAACAGUGAACCAGUCAGUAAGGAACAGGAUCAACAGCCACUCCACCCAGUGGCAAAUCCACGUGCAGAAAUCUCCACCAAGGUUCCACCCUCCAAAGUGAAAGAUGCCGUGGAACAGCAAGGGGAGGUGAAGAAGAAUAAAAGAGAAAGAAAGGAAGAACGGCAGAAGAAAAGGAAAAGAGAAAAGAAAGAACUAAAAUUAGAAAACCACCAGGAAAACUCAAGCAAUCAGAAGCCUAAGAAGCGUAAAAAGGGACAGGAGGCUGACCUUGAGGCUGGUGGGGAGGAAGUUCCUGAGGCCAACGGCUCUGCAGGAAAGAGGAGCAAGAAGAAGAAGCAGCGCAAGGACAGUGCUGGUGAGGAAGAGGCAAAUGUGGGUGCAGGAAAGAGGAAGCGGAGGCACUCAGAAGUUGAAACAGAUUCUAAGAAGAAAAAGAUGAAGGUCCCAGAGCAUCCUGAGGGCGGAGAACCAGAAGACCAUGAGGCUCCUGCAAAAGGUCUGAAGCACUCACACCUGUCGGGAGGUGGCAAGUUGUCAUCUCUCUGCCACUUCCCCCAACUCCCAGGAUCCUGCAGUUCAGAACACGUCCAAGGACUCAAAUGGGCCUGCAGCUUUAUUAGCAGAGUUCAGUGACUGCCAGCGUUGGGUUAGAUCCCUUAGCUUAAAACCCCCUUCUCAACUUUGUAAACAGUAGUGCCCCCAUAUCUGUGGUAUGGAAAAGUCCAGAAAUAAACAAUUGAUAAAUUUUCCAUUGCUUGCUGCUCUGAGCAGCAUGGCGAGAUCUCUUGCUGUCCUGCUCUGUGCCUUCUUCACCACAAGAAGAGUGAGGAUAGUACCAUAAGGUGUUUAGAAAGAGAGAGAGACCACAUUCAUACAACUUUUAUUACAGUGCAUUGUAAAAUUGUUGUAUUUUAUUAUCAGUAAUCUUUUACUGAGCCUAAUUUAUAAGUGGAGAAUUGUCAUAGAUAUGCAUGAAUAUUGAGGAGAAGACUAUAUAUAGGGUUCAGUACCGUCGUGAUUUCAGGUAUCCACUGGGGGUCUGGGAACUGUCUGAUCCCUACAGAUCAAGGGGGACAACUGGAGCGGUUUUUUUGGUGGUGGUGGUUGUUACAUUUUUUGUUUUGAGAUCCUUGUAGACUCACAUGCAGUUGUAAGAAAUAAUGGAGACUCAGGUGUCCUUAUGUAUCCGCGUGCCCUUUACCUUGUUGCCACCCAGGAUAACACUUUACACAACUGUAGUACAGCAUCUCAGCCGGGAUGUUGACAUUGAUCCGCUUCCAUUUCCAUCGCCAUCGCACAAGGCUGCCUCCUGCUGCCCUCCUGCAGCCAUAGCCGCUUCCCUCUCACCCCCACCCUCUCCUUAGCCUCUGGCAGUCACUCAUCUGUUCUUCAUUUCUGUAAUAUCAGAAUGUUCUAUGAAUGGAAUCAUACAGUAUGUAACCUUUUGAGAGUGACUUCACUCAGCAUUUUUCUCUGAAGAUUCACCCGGGUUGCUGAACCGAUAAUAUUCAUGUUAUUGGUGAGAAGUAUCCCAUGCUACGCAUGCGUCACUCUUUCAUCAUUCACCUGUUGAGGGACACCUGGGAGGUUUCUAAUUUCUGGUUAUUAAUGAAUAAAGUUGCAGUAAAUAUUGAUGUGCAAGUUU